AUGGCUUUCAGGGAUGCGAAUGCAAGAAGACAUAUUGGACUGCAGCAGCUGUCAUCCUUAGCGUUAGCUGGAAGAACGUUACUGGGGCCAAUGAAGUCCUGUAAACUCAUUGUGGAUGAAAGCACCAACCAAAGCACGUUGAUUUCUUCUGCUGUUAGACUGAUUGAACGCUUGGAUUUAACUAGUGCUGCCGGACAGCUUCUUAAUGAAACCAUUCAGGCACAAAACAAGGAGUUUAGGACCGGGAUGAGUACCCUGUUGUUUCUCAUUGGUGCAUGGAGCAGUGCUGUACUGGAGUGCCUCCAGCAGAACGUUUCUGUUUCAGCAAUAGUAUCUGUGAUGUCUGAGGCGUUGAACUCUUGCUGUGAGAGAGUCCAGUGUAUUCAAAUGUCAAUACAUGAUGUAAAUAGAGCACUGUGUUCUAGCAGUGUUAGGCUUUUGAAUACUUUUAAAAGCAAAACUUGCCCAAUAGGACGUGACCUUCUUCUGAAUCCUCUGAUUUUCCCGUAUUUUCAGAAAGAUCUUUCUGCACCAGAAGAAGUAAUUUCAAUAAAUUCUUGUUCCCGUCAAGACGAUGAUUGUAAUUUUAACAAGUGCCUUUGUUCUUUGGCUGGCUUUGGUUCAAUAGCUUCUCCUCUCCAACCAGCGGGUGACAAAAGUACAUCUGGGAUUUCUGGAAGUGGUGUUAUCGCAUCCAACUGUAACAAACUGAAGUUAACCCAUAGCAGAUACUUCAGCACUCUAGGGAAAAGCCAACAAGGUCAUUUUUCAAGCCAACAAGGUAAUUUUCAGGGAUACGUUUCAGGACAAUCAGCAGAUCCAUGUGGAUGUUAUGGUUUAGGACACCUGGCAGUGGCUCUGAGCCAUGGAAAUCAGACAAGUGUGAAACUGCUACAAAGCAUUGUUGUCUAUCAGCAAGAGAGGGCAGCGUGCAGGGGCGCUUCCCAGUUUAAUAUUGCAGAAAUUGUGACGUGCUGUUUACUGGGCCUGCCUGAAAGCUAUUCUUGUGUCUCCCCAGGCUUUGUCACAUUAGUAUCACCAGAACAAGCCACAGUUAUCAAACACUUGGAAGACAAACCCCUUCGGAUUCUCCUAGUGGAUGGUGACCUAACUGAACAGUACCGUCACUUAGGUUUUCAUAGACCGUGUAAUGUAAGGACCAUAUUGGAGCAUCCUAGCCUACAGGAGGGCAGAGCAGGAGACUCAUGGCUGAGCAGUACGGUAGAUAUUCUGACAAGCUUUGGAGUAAACUUGGUUUUGGUCAAAGGAAACGUGUGCGAAAACUUAAUGGAGAGGUGCAUAGCAAACAGUAUGUUGGUAAUUGGUUCUGUGACUCGGGAUGUGUUGUGUGCUUUUGGGGAGGUCACCAGCGCCCAGCCAGUGACGUACCUCACCCAGCUGAAUGCUUCGUGUGUGGGGAGCGGGGCCCAGGUGGAGCUGUGGAAGGCCGGCGACGGGCGUGCGAUGGAUCUGGGUGAGCUUGUGCCGGUCAGGAUAGAAGUGCAAGGAAUUCCCCUGCUCACGGCCGUGCUCACCACCACUGUACCUUCAAAGAUGCAGCUCAUUGAAGACCAGUUCUGGACUUCAGUGUAUCGACUCCAUCACGCUCUACGUGACGAGAAGGUUUUCCUUGGUGGUGGCGCAGUGGAGCUCUUGUGCCUUAGUCACAUUCAGAUGCUUGCAGAACAGCCUUCGCAGCCAGCAAAUGAAAAUGCUGUGAAGGAGUUUCACAGCCCUUGGCUGGCAGCCUCUGCAGCAGAGGAUAAAUCAGUGGUGCUCCAAGCUUUAGCAAGCGGCUGGAAGCAGUAUCUUUCAGUGGUUAUGUGUAACUCUGCAAAAGCUGCAUCGGAGGUGGAAGCGUGUGCCUCAGUCGAUCGUCACCUUAAAAAAGCAGCUGACUGUGGCUCUCCCUCAGCAUAUAUAUUGAAAGAGUUUAGAAGAGGUGACCUGCUUGGGGGUGGUCCUGGUCCCUUCGCUGGCUGCGGGGAGGGUUCAGAGGUUUAUGAUAAUGUUACAGCCAAGAAAGAGGCAUGGCGGAGAGCUCUAGACCUGGUGCUGCUAGUGCUUCAGACAGACGCUGAAAUUAUCACAGGCCCCAAAAGGAAUCAGCUAUUGAACUCGCACAUGUCCAGUGAAUUCAUGUUUUUAUAG